UUGCACCCAUCCGAACACCACCAAGUUUGUUUACACUCGAGUCAGCUGAUCAUUCCCACAGCUGAUCACUCCCACUCGCACAGUUCCUAGUACUUGCAUUGCAGAGAAAUGAGUGGUGUCCAAGGCAUCAUUGUUUGUGGAGAAGCCUCAGAAUCGGAUGAGGAGGAGGAAUUUUGUGCAGCAACAGCGAGAGGACAUAAAGGUUUGACUCAGAAACCAGGAGGAUCCACAGACACAAAGGGUCAGCAUAAGCCCCCAGAACCAAAGCACACACAAAAGCAACAACGACCUCAGCAACAGCAGAAGAAAGGCCAUCAGUCUCUGUUGCAUCAAAAACUAUGGGAAGCUAAUGCAUCGAUGGAGAAGAACAUUGCCAAGGCAGUAUGUGGACCCCUGACUGCAGAAACCACCCGGAUAUCGCGUUUGAUCGCCUCCCUCCCCGCUGCACAGAAUUCGACUCUCACUGCCCAUGCAGCACUCACUAAUGCUGCAAGGAACCUCUCGAAUUCCCACUUUUUAUUGGCCGCUCUCAAUUGUAAUCCUCUAGCGUCUCUUAAAUCCCCUUAAUCCCUUCUUUCUUUCUUUCUUUUCUUUCUUUCUUUCUUUCUUUUUUUCUUUUUUCCUUUUCUUCUUGGACUAGUUUGUUUUUUUCAUCUUUCUCUUUCUUCUUAGACUAGUUAUUUCAUGUGUUAGUUUUUUUUUUCUCUCUCUCUCUCUCUGUCUCUAUUUAGCUCUGUCUAGUCUUGGCAGAUUUUCUGCUUGAAAUACUGAAUACUGAUCUUUAAGGACUGUAAUUAGUCUAAUGUAAUUAUUCACAUGAUUUAUUACUCUUUUCUAACAGAGGAUAAAGCAAUAACUUUUUUCAUUAUAAAGUUGUUAUUUAUUUUUCACUGAAUUUAUAUCAAUCUUUUGCUUUUAGGAAUAAUGAGAUCUUAUUGAAGGAGGGGUUAUUUUUCAACCCUUUUCUUGCAUGGUCAUAAAAUCUGCACAUGUGAUAUUUAUGUACUCUUAUGUUUAAAGUGUUUACUUUAUGUAUUUCUUUAAUAUAAUUAAUUACUUUAAGUAUAAAUAGCCAAAAAAGAGAUAUAAUGCAGUCGCAUAUAAUGCAACUGAGACCACCUGCUUUCUUACUUUCUCGUGUUAUAUAUAAAUAAAUGGAUUUAUAUUUCUAGGUUUCAUAAUAAAAAUAGAUAGUU